AUGCCCAACACUGAGAGUGCUACUUUUGCUGCCGGUUGCUUCUGGGGUGUCGAGAAGGUAUUUAAGAAAGAGUUUAAGGAUGCGGGGAUCGAGACACGAGUUGGAUACACUGGAGGGGAUGUGCCAAAUCCUACUUAUAAACAGGUCUGUAGUGGCACCACUCAACAUGCUGAGAGCAUUCAAAUCAAGUUCGAUCCCGAGAAGGUUUCAUAUGCAACACUAGUCGAACACUUCUAUAAGACUCAUGAUCCAACCACCAAAUAUCGGCAAGGAAAUGAUAUUGGUUCUCAAUAUCGAUCGGCAAUAUUUUACCACUCACAAGAACAGAAGCAGAUCGCCGAGCAAGUGACAGAACAAGUGCGAGAGAGAGCUUUGAGUGAUAAGAGUCUUUAUCAAAAUAGUAACAUCGAAACUGAGAUAGUCGCGGCUGGUGUGUUCUACGACGCCGAAGACUAUCACCAGAAUUAUUUGGUGAGCAUUAAUGUUUAA